AUGGAUCUCUUCAUGACCGUCAUGGCGGCCGCGAAGCCGUACCUGUCCGACCCGCGGCUCGUUCCGAUUCCGUGGACAGGGCUCAGCGGCGGCGGUGCUACACUGAAGCCGUUGAAGAUCGGGUUCAUGAUGGGCGACGGCGUCAUUGUCCCGCAGCCGCCCGUGCUCAAGGCUCUGGAAUGGGCAAAGGCGAAACUCACGGGCGCGGCCGCCGCAGAUGGCUUCUCCGUCACGACCUUUACACCGUAUAAAGUGGCCGAGGCCAUGAAGAAUAUCCGCAAAGCAUACUACCCAGACGGCGGCAAAACAGUCAAGGCACACUUGGCAGCGACGGGGGAGCCGAUGCUUCCCUUGACGCAGUGGAUCAUCAAGGAUGCCGAGGGGCCCGACGUGACCUCGGCCGGCGUCCUCGAGCAGAGACUGGUGCGUGAUAAAUUCAGGGGUGAUUUUGCAAAGCACUGGACCGCGCAGGACGUCGACGUCGUCGUCUGUCCCGUCUUUGUCGGCCCCGCCUGCGAGCACGAGUCGGCGUUUUACUGGAACUACACGGCAUUCUGGAACUACGUCGACUGCCCUGGCGUGGUGAUUCCUACGCCCAUCAGAGCGGGCAAGAGAGGAAGCGAAGCGUACGCAUCGGCGGAUGCCCUCGGUGAGCAGGAUAAGCAUGUCCGCGAGUUGUGGGCCAAAGGUGAUUUCGAGGGCGCACCGGUGAAUAUUCAGAUUGUGGCAAGAAAGUAUCAUGAUAACGAGUUGUUUGCGGCGCUGGCCAGGAUGAAGAGCGCAUUGGAAAUGUAA